AUGCCCUUGGCACAUCGUUUGCCAGAGUUCAAUGAGAUUGGCAUGUCCAGGGGCCCUCCGAUCCAAAGAAAUGAAGCAGCAAGUCGGAGUCUACCUGCAGAUGUGUGGGAAUGCCAACGAAUACUGGCUCUCGAUGGAGCAGGAGCCAAGGGACUCUCAUGUCUCUACAUCAUCCAAGAGCUCUUCAAUCAUGUUGCCAUGUUGGAGAAAGGCACCCAACCGGCAGCACAGUCGAGCACUUCGUCACCUUUGUUCUUCUCGGUGAAGGACUACGCAGUACAAUCACCUGAAAGUCUCAGUGAUCCUACGUUGCCCUACAGGCCAUGCCAUUACUUCGACUACAUCUUCGGUUCUCAAAUGGGAGGUAUUGUGGCAAUCCUGCUUGGUGUGCUAAGGCUUACAGUCGAGGAGGCGAUACAGCGGGCAGAAAGAAUUUACGGUCAGCUCAGACAAGUCACCAGACACCCGUCGCCGAUUAUCCCGCCUUUCAAUCUUGGCUCCUCGAAGAGCAACAAUUCUGACUGGCUACGGCACACACUCUGGCAGUAUCUGGAGGCCGUUGGGGAUAGCGAAAUGAAGAGAGGUAAACGAGAGCACAGUAGACCACCGAAACAAGCAAGAAGACAAACCAGCAGUCAGCUGUCAAGCAUGAGCGUCGACGAGAGGUUUUGCCAAACAGUUGUGCUUACUACUCACAAGGCAGGCAAGGGAGUUUCACGUCCUUUCUUGCUAGGCUCUUAUCGUCGGUCUGAUGGCGUAGAGGCAUUCCAGAGCUCGUCGCUUAAGUACGACACCAGCAUGAUUUCGAUCGUGGAUGCUGCCAGAGCAACGAUGUCAAAUCGUCGGCUCUACGAGAGUGUGCAUCUGCCAGGCCUUCGAGGCUCCCUGCGAGCUACAACUCCGUCCUGCGACAACGCUGCCGCCUUGGCCCUGGAUGAGGUCGCACGACGACAUGGCGACGGUGUCGACUUCCUUUUGAGCAUAGGGGACGACGAAGACUACCCUUGCAGAACCAACUCAGACCUGAGCGAUGAUCCGCAAGGACGCAUCGUCGAUGGACAUCAACCUGCUCCGACAGUCGACAGCAGCAAUUUCGAUCUGACUUAUCACGACUUCGUGGUCCCUGGCAUAUCAGACGACCUGUCGUCAUCGGAAAUCAGAGCAAAAGCAUUGGAGUACUGCGAUACCCAUGGCGCCGAUAUCAGCAGAUGGGCUGGGGUACUUGUCGAGAGUCGGCGACAUCGUGCCCGGACAGUUGAGUGGCAAAGCUACGCUGGCUUUGCAAUGCGAUGCCCUCUAUGCACCGUUGCUGGAAAUGAAGAAAGCCGGCGGCCGUACGAUGUAGCUGGUUUGCAGCAACAUUAUCUUAAGCGGCAUGCCCAUGCCACUGAUCGCGGGCCGACUGGCUGA